AUGGAACUUUGGAAGUCGUCGGAACCUCUAGUCUUGAUCGACUUAGGGCAUGGAUUCUUCACAGCCAAAUUCAGCAAGGAAGAGAACAAGAUAAAAGCAUUACAUGGCAGACCGUGGUUCAUUGUUGGGCACUUCCUGUCCGUAGUUGCUUGGGAACCCAAUUUUGCACCUUCAAUCCAAACGAUGUCUCACAGCGUAAUUUGGGCCAGGUUACCGCAACUCCCUACGGAGUUAUAUGACCAUCUGAUACUUGAGAAAAUCGGCAACCAUCUAGGCUCCUUACUCAAGAUCGACUCCUGUACUUCCUCAACACUUCAAGGAAGAUACGCACGUCUCUGUGUACAAAUCCCUUUGGGAUACCCGAUCAAGAAGACAAUUGCAAUUGGAGAGUAUAUCGAGAUAGUAGAGUACAAAGGAAACAUCGUCCUAUGA